UGUUGGUAUAAUGAAAUGGUCUGCGUUGACAAAUCGACAAACUUCGUUCAACUGCAGUCAGUCAGAGACCGUCGGAAUGGAAGGAUGCGAUACAUGAUUGCGCUCAGCACGAUGGUAUUGUUUAUUUACGUGGGCAGGGAGUGGUCGCUAUAUGUCAUUGUAAACAAAGGACUACUUGAAUCAUCUAUAUGACAUUGGAACUAGGAAAUUAGAAAAUAGAUUAACAGCCUGAAAAAGAUAUAACGAAUUGUGUCUGCUGUAAAAGGGUGAGGUGUGAAUUACUGUAUGAUGCGAAGUGUUGUGACGCUGUUCUUUUCAGAUAAAACAACAUUGACUAGCAGAGGUGUCUUUUAGUAGCUCAUCGAUCCGUCCGAACCAGCGACCUGCCAACCGUGACGCAUAAUAAGCGAAGCGCCCGGUCGUGGUGGGGGUCUGACUAAAAAAGUACGAAGUCAAACUGUAAUAGCGUGUAAUAUGGUUUAUGCGCUUAGCUUUGACCUGCGGUUAGCAUAUUAUACAUAAUUUUGUUGGUCAUGUGCUGAGUUCUUAUAGCUAAGAUAGAGUCGAUUAAAGUUUGCGUACUGAAUAAGAAUGUGGCUACGGUAAAGGACUGAACGUUCCGAUGGCAUUAAUGAGUGUACAGGAUAAGCGCCAGCGUUGUUACAAAACCCGUAAACUGCCAAACUGUAUAGAAGAAUUGAUAUGUGGAAUCAAAAAGCUAAUGUGCAUUCACACAGGGCAGGAUCUAGUAAGUUAAUCUAGUACGUUGUAGAGAGGAAACCUCAGAACACAUUGCGGGAGAAAGGUUUGAAUGUUUCGAAACCAGUUUUCAACAUUUGUCAGAUAAAAUGCCAGUUUUAUGUGCCCGCUUGUCUGUAAAAAGUGGACAUGUUUCAAGAAGUGCAUUACGUUGAGUGAUAUUAAUGGUAUGAACUAAACAAGCCACGGCGAGGGCACGGGCUCGAAGUUCUCCGGGGAUGGAGUACCGGGGUCCUGCACCUCCUCACCCCUUGCUCCAGCAUCCCCCUACACAUGCAGCAAUGUUCUUUUAUCCAGGUGUACCUCCUGGCACCAAGCCUUCACCUGGAAGCCAUAUAUUGCCAUCAGUUGCCUCUCAGAAUAAACACCAUCGCUCAGGAGCGCCCUCAUUACCAGGAGGCCAUACAGUACCAGGCCCAGGUCCUGGAGUUGGUGUGGGAGUUCCACCCACUCAGCCCCCUUCUAGUAGUGGAGGAAGGUCAUUUGCGGCAGCCCUCCGCAACCUUGCAAAGCAGGCUGUGCCUCCUGCAGAGCGUGACAGUGAAGGGGAACCUUCUGCAGCAUCUCAUCAGGUCUCUCCGAAACGGGGGCCACCACCUCUAGUCCAUGGAGCAUCACCCACUACCAAUGCAGGCCAGGAAACUCGUAAAGACCGUGGAGGUUCUGCACAUGAACAACCUGUGACAUCACGUGGUGCAUCAUCACGACCAACGGAUGAGGGCCCACUCUAUACAGGAACCAGUGGGCGUAGUAGUGGAGGAGGAUCAGUACCUGCUUCUGGUUCAGAAAUCACUCGGAGUGGAUUCCAGCCUUAUCGGCCGGAAGAUUCUGCCCAUAGACUUGGUGCUCAACAUCCCCCAGCUGCAGCCCCACCACCUCCACCUCCAUUUGGCUUAGAUCCAGCAGUGGCAUAUAAUCCAUAUCAUCAUAGCCUGUAUCCAACAGCCCACUUGCAGCAUGCAUAUAGCAGGUUGGAUGAGCAGUUGUAUCUGGAAAGGUAUGGGAUUCUGAGGCCACCUCUGUUUCCUCCAAUACCUCCUUCAUACAUGUACAUGAGGUAUCCACAAGAUAUACUGCCUUCACCAAUUGGGCUCAUCUCACCUGUUAUGCAUGAAAGAUUAAAACUGGAAGAGGAACACAGAGCUCGGGAAUCUCGGCUAAGGGAUGAGGAAAAAGAACGUGAACAAGAGAGAGAACGUGAAAGAGAGAGGGAAAAAGAGAGACGGGAAAAGCCACGGCGGAGUCCACGAGCUUCGCCUAGUCACCACCAAGACCCGCCAGCUAGGAAGGCGCCCAUAGGGGUAGCACGAGAUCGAGCAUGCAGUGACCCUCCACGAGGCCCUCCUCCUCUGAUUGCACCAGGUUCUAUUCCUACCCCAACUGCCGUUACCCUUCCUCCCCCUUUACAUCCUAUUCCUCCAAAUCAGUUACAGCCAGGUUCUGUUGAAACUGACCUCCUUCCUCUGCAUACAGCAGGAAAGAACCUAUCAUCUUCAUCACAUCUAAGACUGCAUCCACACACAUCCCCAUCUCAUCCUCUUGUUCCUCCUCACCCACAUACUCCACCAUCCCACCACCACCCACCUACACCCCCAGGAGCUCAUCACCAUCAUCAUCAUCCACAUACACCACCCAACUCUCAUGCCUUAGCACCACCUCCACACCAUCCUCACACUUCUCCAUCACAUCCUGUUGUACCACAUCAUCCCCACACGCCUCCAGCACCUCACUCUCUUACUUCUCAUACUCCUCCAUCACAUACUCCUCCAGUACACCAUCCUCCUGUUCACCCUUCCACCACAUCUCCAGCUUCUGUGUACCAUCAUACAUCUAGUCAGCAACAUGCCUCCCAGGGAACAUCUGUACAACGUACAAACAGUGGUAAUUCGACCCCUGGGCGGUCCUCUGCAUGCACCAAGGACCAACCUGGAGUUGUUACCACACAUACAGCUACCCCUGCCUCCUCUGGAUUUGUACGUCCAUUUGAGGACAGUUUUCCUCAGCAGCAUGGCAGCAAUAGACGUUCACCAAUAGUCCCUCCUCCUAGUUCUCAUUCAAAUCCCGCUUCAGGUGAUAAUAGUCCUAUUUCCAAAAUUCACCACUCUCAGCAAUCUCCAUACCACCCUAGUGGACUACAAGCUGGGACAACCCCUUGUAACACCCAGCAGGCUACAGCUGUUGGUAACCAGGAUGCUUGUGUAAUUUCUGGUGGGCGCAAUGCAGUAUCACAUCAGCACAGAGGACCACCUUCAGCAAAUACACACUCAGUGAAAGAAAAUUGUGGGAGUGUUACGUGUGUUAAUAAACCAAUAAUGGCAGUGAAUCCGAGUGAAAAUGGAUCAGGAUCAUCCGCGGUGGUCCGUAAACUGUCCGCAGCAUCGCCGUCUCGUGGAUCCAGCCAGGUUGAUGGCAACUGUCAUUCGCAAACCAUGGCAUCAUCUCCAUCUACAACAAGUACAGUAGAUAAUGUUGUGGCUUCACAGCAGCCAACACUGCUAACAUUUCAGCAACCUUUAACAAGUCAGAUGUUGGCUCAGCCUUCCCCUUCUUCCAGUCAGAUGUCACCAAAUAGCAUUUCUCAUCAUCUAUCUCCAUAUCCACAAGUUACUCAGCCUAAUAUAAGCCACCAUCAACUUCUGAGUCAGCAGCAAUCAUCUGUUCAGAAUCUUUUUGUACAUACCUCAGUUUCAAGCCAUCAGAACCAUCUGCAAAAUCAGUCAGCAACAUUACAUAGCCCUUCAAGUCAGUCACAGCAACAGGUCCCAGUGUCACAUCAGCAUCUGGUCAGCUCUUUGCCUUCCUCUUCAGCUAGUUCCAUCCAGCCACUACAUCAGUCUCAUCAGUUAAUCCAGACAACUGCACAACUUCCUUCCAUUUGUGUGUCCUCUCAGCAAGGAAGUAUGCCUCAGACAUCUUUACACAUGUUGAAUUCAUCAACCAGUCAGCAUCAAGGUUCAGUGAAUGUGAACAGUCCAUUACAUCAAAUACCACACCCAUCAUCAACUCAGCAUCAUGGAUCCUUACUUCUAGCUACAACCUUCAUACAAGGUGCUUCAAAUUCAGCUGUCCAGCAUCAGGCAACACAGAACUCAAGCAGUCACCACCAAGGCUCUUUGUCUUCAGCUAGCCAGCUUCAAAGUUCUUCUCAAACAGUAAUAAAUUCGACACCAGUGUGCAGUGCAGUAUCAUCUGGUAGUAAUGCAGUGACAUUUGUUGCAUCAAAUCAGUCCUCAACAGUAUUAGUGCCAGCAUGUGGAAGUGGUCCAGCAGUGUCUGGUUUAGGCACUGUGCCAGCAGCUGUUCUCAAUGUACCAGAUGCGGCUAAAGUUUUAGCAGCUGUUUCUACAAACAAGGAGGGAGCAACAAAUAUGUCUGUGUGGGACUACCACUACCUCAGUCGAAGUAUAACCAGUCAUCGUAGUGAAGUUGACUGCAACACAACACUAAUCAGCAAGCUAGACCUGGCUGAACAAAGACGCAGAUCUCGCAUCAGCUGUGGUAGCAGUAACAAUAAUAACAAUAUAGGUUCAGAUUCAGAUGGAGAGGAUGGAGGUACAGGAUCAGAAACCUUGGUUACUAUCUGGAUUACUAAGGGCCCACCUGCACCACUUGAUGCCCCACCUGGAAAACUCAGGUUCUUGCAGUUGUUUGGAUUAACAACAAUUGCUGUAAGGAAUGAAUAUGAGCUGCGGAAGUUGGAACGUUGUCGAGCGCGAAGUCCAACACUUCCACUACAGUGUGACAGCAUUUCUUCAGAUGGCAGCAUAAGUCCACCAUUGCCAUUAGAUUUGCCUGUUCCUUGUGUGAAUCCUGAUGUGCUCUGUAGAAUGCCAGACUUCAAAGGAAAACAGCGUUUUCUUCGUAACCUUGGUUUGGAGUCCAUCUCUAAGAAGGAGCGAGAAGAAGGUGAAGCUAUAUGGCAUAAUGUUGUAGCAGAGAGGUUGCGUCGAAACUCCAUCAAUCCCAUGAUAGUAUACUGCAGUCAGUCUUUAAACUCUAACAUAAGGGUUAACAAUACUAAAGAAACUGUCACAAACAACAGCACUUCUAAUAAUAGUACUUCCAGUUUGGCUGCUAUUGGUGACAAGAAAUUAAUCUGCACUAUGGUAACAGAUUCACAUGGUGGAAAGGCUCAGUUGCUUGCGGGUGGAGUUAAACGAUCCCUAAGUCCAACCACAACAUCAGAGAAAUCUUUGCUUGUGCUGCCUUCAAGUGGACAAAAUGGGACAAGACCGGGGUUUGUUCAUCAGCUGGCCACAUUGCAGAAUGGAGUAAAGAGGUUUGCAGUUGACGUGGAUGGUACUGUGGCAUCCGUAGAUCAGUGUGAACAGCAAGAUGAUGAUGACAGACCAGUGAAGUGGCCAGGCUUGGAAGGUAUCAUGGAAGCCUACCAAAAAUAUGCUGAAGAGCGGGCUUUGGAGCAUGCUGUUCUUACAGAGCAGUACUCCUAUUUGUGUCGCACCCUUGCUGAGAAACGCCAUGAAGCGGACAUGUUGGACCAUCGAUUGAGAGAGUUGGUAGCCACAAAGAGCGUACAGGAUUAUGAACGCCAUAGAACACAAGCAGCAUUAGACAACUUGAGCUCAUGCUUGCGUCGGCUGAGGUAGCAUCAGCAUCAGCCAGGCUGAAAGGUGGUACCAGCAAAGUGUGAUACAUGCUGUUGGAUCCAUUUUGUGCUGGAUGCCUGUGACUUCCUUAUCACCAGUAUAUGGCAGGUCUAAACAUUGUUUGCAUAAAAUUGCCACAUGCCUCUCACUUGGUACAUAGGCUUUGCCUCUGUUGAUGAAGUUAAGCCUGUCUGUAAGACCAUGAGAUUUUUUGCAUGUGAAACAUGCUCCAAGAAUACUGACAAUUUGAAGCAAUAGAAACAUGUCUAGAAGAACUAAAUGUUUGCAUUAAUGAAAUUCAUCUCACUGACAGCAUUAUUGAGUUGCUAGUAUGUGUAGAUAGGACUCCAGAAAUAUGCUUGCCUAUUGACAAUGUUGAGAGUACAUUUUCAGCUGCAAUAUAAAUUAAUUAAAAAUGUAGUAUCUUUUUUUCAUGUUUAAGGUGCUGAAAGCAGUUAGAUUCUUUUCUCGGAAUGACUCGUUUAAUGUUGAAGUUUUUCUGAGCAAUCAGUUGCAUCUGUACAGAGUAAAAGUAUUGGUAUUUUGGGGACUGCUUCAGCCUCCACCAUCAUGAAAGUUGUAUGAAGAGCUUUAUUCUAUGUUGACACAUUUGAUCCAAGAAGGCUUCCUUGCGAGGAAUUUUUUUUUUCAAAUCAAACACCUGUAAGUAUCGGCCAUCCCCAAAUCUCCAAGAAAAUUGGAGGGUUUGUAUGUUUCUUGUUGAGUUCUUUUUACAGUAUUUGCUGUAAAACUGUUUAUGUCAAGUGUACAGUGAGACUUUGGAUAAAGGAAGUCUGUUUAGUGGCAAGUGAUCUGGUUUAUGUUUCUGGAGCCCUAUGUGCAAACAUUUGGAGCAAUAUUACUGUAUUGGUCUAACAAUAUAAAUGAAAUUGGUGGUGAUGGUUAAAAGAUAAAUUAAAUAUAAUUAUCCUUUUGACUCAUUUCUUGUCAGACAGGAAUGCAUUUUAAUGUAAUUGUUUGUGGCUGUUAUCAAAAUGACUCAUGGCUUCUCAGCCAGCCAUCUUGUAUGGUGCAUGGCAGAAAUCUAAAUCAUAAGUGAGCAGUCAUCCAUAGAAAUUUUGUUUAUGAGCUGUACAGAUAAUCCAUUAAGCUGAGAUUAAUGAUGAUGGCUGUGACAUACUUUCUUCCUUUCUUAUUCCGUUUCCUUCUAAAUAUUAGCCAGUUGCCUCAUUAUGUCAUAAAAUUUUCUCGCCUUUUAUUCUUUGUUUUAAAGCAGGAGGAACAUGUCAAUAACUCAGGGUGCACAUUAUUUUCAA